UAUACAUCCAAUGACCUCAUCCUCCUCCCUAACAACCACCGCCAUCCACCACGCCGUCCUCGUCAUUCCACCGCCACCUCCCACCACCCCCCUCCCCUCCGCCUCGGCCACCGUUGGGUCGAUUUUCAAGGCGCCAACAACUGGGACGGUCUCCUCGAUCCCCUCCAUCCUUUCCUCUGCUCCGAAAUCCUCCGCUACGGCAGCUUCGUCCAGGCCGCAUACACCUCCUGCGAUCUCGACCCAUUCUCCCCCACCUACGCCACCUGCCGCUUCCCAAAACAUUCCCUCCUUCGCCUUUCCGGUCUCCCCUCUUCCGGCUACCGCGUCACCCGCAAUCUCUUCGCCACCCCCUCUCUUUCUCGCCAAUCCAGCUGCAUCGGUUUUACUGCCGUCUGCCACAAUGACGCCCACCUCGCCCUCCUUGGCCGCCGAGAUGUUGUCAUCUCGCUCCGCGGAACCGUAACUUUUCUCGAAUGGCUUGACAAUCUCCGCGCCACACUGACCCCAUCCUGCACCCCGAAACGUGACUCCGCGCAACACGAACCCAUGGUCGAGCGAGGGUUCUGGAGCCUCUUCACUUCGCCUGGACUCGACCACCCCUGUCUCCGCGAUCAGAUCCGCGAUGAGGUCCGCUGCAUCCUAGACAAAUUCGAAAGCGGCCCUGAGAUCAGCAUUACCAUUACCGGCCACAGCCUCGGCGCAGCGCUGGCCGUGCUAGCCGCUGACGAUUUGAAGGCAAUGCUGGGCCCGACGGGGCCUCUGGUGACGGUGGUAUCGUUCGGCGGACCGCGAGUUGGUAAUGCCAGCUUCAGGCGAAGGAUGGAGGAGCAGGGGAGCAGGGUUCUACGAAUCGUGAACACCAAUGAUAUUAUAACCAAGGUUCCUGGCUUUGUGGAUGGAACGGAGAAGGACGGGAUGGGGCCAAAUUGGCUGCUUUCAAAGACUGGGUGGGUGUACGCUGACAUUGGAAGGGAGCUUCGGGUCUGCGGACGGCGGACGGCCAAUGUGGUGGCUUGCCAUGAUUUGGGACACUAUUUGCAGCUGGUGAAGCAGCUUAGCGAUGCGUGUCCGACAGUAUCCCGGGAGGAGGAGAGGGGGCCGAGCAGAUGGCGGGGGCCGGUGUUUGUCGCCGGGGAUGCUUUUUGAAUAUGAUUGUACCAUUUCAUUAAUGAUACUAGCGAAGAUCAGUGAUAUCAUUCACUUGGUUAAUUUAGGAUUGAAUAUAAUAUUCCUAUUCUAUCAUGAACUCAAGACGUCGAUAAAUGUUAGAUUAGCUAA